ACUCUCGUUUAUAUCUGUUCCCGUCGGGGUUCUUCUGUUCGUUGUGUUUGUCCCAGCGGCGGUGGGAAUGGAUUUGAGAUCUCGCGAUUGUUGGGACUUUAGAAGUUCCAGUGGAAAAUGGCGCCCGUUGUGACGGGGAAGUUUGGUGAGCAAGCUCCACCGCAGCGCCUGACGAGAGAGGCCAUGAGAAACUACCUGAAGGAGAGGGGAGACCAGACCUUACUCAUACUACACGCUAAAGUGGCACAGAAGUCUUACGGCAACGAGAAGAGGUUCUUCUGCCCUCCUCCUUGUAUCUAUCUGAUGGGCUGUGGCUGGAAGAAGAAGACAGAGGAGAUGGAGAGAGAGGGCUGUUCAGAGCAGGAGGCUCAGCCCUGUGCCUUUAUAGGGAUAGGAAACAGUGACCAGGAGAUGCAGCAGCUCAACAUAGAGGGGAAGGACUUCUGCACAGCUAAGACUCUAUACAUCAGUGACAGUGACAAGAGGAAACACUUCAUGCUGUCAGUCAAGAUGUUCUAUGGUAACAGUACAGACAUAGGAGUCUUCCUUAGUAAGAGGAUCAAAGUUAUCUCUAAACCGUCCAAGAAGAAACAGUCUCUGAAGAACGCUGACCUGUGUAUAGCGUCAGGCACCAAGGUUGCGUUGUUUAACCGGUUGCGUUCUCAGACUGUCAGUACCCGCUAUCUACACGUGGAGGGAGGGAACUUCCAUGCCAGUUCACAACAGUGGGGAGCCUUCUACAUACACCUCUUGGAGGAGGAAGAGCCAGAAGGGGAGGAGUUUGCGGUGAGGGAUGGAUACAUCCACUAUGGUCAGACUGUCAAACUGGUCUGUUCUGUCACUGGUAUGGCGCUGCCUAGACUGGUGAUCCGUAAGGUGGACAAGCAGACAGCGUUGAUGGAUGCAGACGACCCAGUGUCUCAGCUCCACAAGUGUUCCUUCUACCUGAAAGACACCGAGAGAAUGUACCUCUGUCUCUCACAGGAGAGAAUCAUUCAGUUCCAGGCCACACCCUGCCCCAAAGAGCCCAGUAAGGAGAUGAUAAACGAUGGAGCCUCCUGGACCAUCAUCAGUACAGACAAGGCAGAGUACACCUUCUACCAGGGGAUGGGUCCUGUACCCUGUCCUGUUACACCGGUCCCUGUGGUGGAGAGUCUGCAGUUGAAUGGUGGAGGUGAUGUGGCCAUGUUGGAGCUGACGGGACAGAACUUUGCUCCAGAUCUCCGAGUCUGGUUUGGAGAUAUCGAGUCUGACACCAUGUACAGGUGUGGAGAGAGCGUGCUCUGCGUGGUGCCUGACAUCUCCGCCUUCAGAGAGGGGUGGCGCUGGGUCCGUCAGCCCGUCCAGGUCCCCGUCACCUUGGUCCGCAACGACGGAGUCAUCUACUCCACGGCCCUCACCUUCACCUAUACCCCAGAACCAGGCCCUCGUCUUCACUGCAGCGCUGCCGGGGCCAUCCUCCAGACCCACAGUCACAGUAUCUCCUCUUCGUCCUCAUCCUCACCUUCCUCGGGGAGUCUGGGGAUGGGAGGUUUAGGGGGUUUGGCGGAAGGACAGACGGGCUACGGGAUUGGCCAAGGGGGAGGGUCAAGCAAUAGCGUUGGGUUGUUGUCGGGUUCAUCGGUGAUGUCAGUUUCAUCAUAGCAGCGGGGAAGUGUGUGUGUGGGGGGGGGGGGGGGGGGGGGCGGGGGGCGAGAGGCUCAUGGACCUGCUUUGAAACCACGCUCGCCCGCUCGCUCAAGGACUCUUUGGAAAGAGAGCGAUUUGACGUUGAAGAGGAGAAGGGAAGAAGAGAGAUGAGGUUCUGAUGAAAGACAGACCUGGAAGGAGGGGGGGGAUCCCCUCUCUCUGGCGCCCCCGUGUGGUCGGUUGUGGACAUGACACUGCAGCCUGGGUCAUUCAGUCUGGGAGAGGUUUCACCUCCAGGAUGACACAAUAACUAGGAGCCCUUUUUAUACAUUUGUUGGAGAACAACUAUUUUUUAUUUUCAACACUCACACUUUCUACAAAGUUUAGAUUUUUUUUUUUUUUGGACCCACAACAAAGGGCUUGGUAAUGAUGUUGUCAUUAUCAUUGGUAAUCAUUAUUGGUAAUGAUGGAGAUGUCACUCGUGUGCAGAGAAACUUCAUUAUUGUUUUAUGGGUGAAACAUUUUAUUAUAGUAACAAUUUUUACGGACCAAGGAAUAUUAUUGUUAUUUUUAUUCUUUAUGAUAUUUUAUAAGCUUUAGCCGAGGUACAUUUUCAAAUGUGUUUUUGUUGUUGUAUUAUAACGUUUUAGGGAGUACACUUUUUGUUACCAAAUAGUUUUUUUCUCUCCAUUUGAGAGCGAGAGAGAGAGAGAGAACUCUGAGGAGAUUGAAUAACGUGAUUCAGGCUGCGUCUCAAUCGGCCUAAAAACUGGAUUCCUCCCUUUUUAUUAGUGUGAAAGAGUGACGCGACCUCGGGGUGCUUUGUGCAAGUCUUAAAGUCUAGAAAAGGUCAGGGUUGUAGUUAUCUGAAGAGUUGAACAACUGAAAGCAAACUCGAAAGUAGGUUCUCUCUCUCUCUCUUUCACCUUCUCUGUCUGUUCCGGAUUAAGGAGAGGAAAUUAGGCUUGGUGGUAAAAGGGAGAGGAAGGAAGCCAUUUUUAGACGGUUGACAUGCACCCCAUAAUCUCAGCCAGUUUCUAUAGCAACCUUAAAUCUUCCUGGCCAAUCGCCUUAAAUUGAUCAGUCUCUCACCAGACCUUUUUAGAAGAAACGAAAGAAAGAUAUACUUUUUAUUUUAUUUUUUAUGUUGUGUGUGUAUAUAAGGUUGUCGUUUUCUGAAACUGUCUUAAGAGUGUUUGGUCGACACUCGUCAAGCCACGGCCUGGGAAUGUCUCAUCAUGUCGUUGGUCUCUGUCUCUCAAAUGACACCUGAUUUCCUAAAUAGUGCACUACUUUAGACCAGGGCCCUCCCUAUAGGGAAUCCUAAAUAGUGCACUACUUUAGGCAAGGGCUCUCCUAUAAGGGAUCCUAAAUAGUGCACUACUUUAGGCCAGGGCUCUCCUAUAGGGGAUCCUAAAUAGUGCACUACUUUAGGCCAGGGCUCUCCUAUGAGGGGAUCCUAAAAUAGUGCACUACUUUAGACCAGGGCUCUCCUAUAGGGCAUCCUAAAUAGGGCACUACUUUAGACCAGGGCUCUCCUAUGAGGGAUCCUAAAAUAGGGAUUGGAGUGCUGUUUGGGAUGCAGAAGUUGGUUUUUACACUACCGUUCGGCCUCGUUCCCAAAUCGGCUCCUAGCCCCUAGUAGACGUUUGUGUAAAUCUGAGAGGAUUGUACAAGUAUUACCAAUAUGGUAAUCGCCCCGGUGGCCUUCUAGGCUUCGGGUAAUUUGUGCCAUUUUUUGAUUACUUAGUGUAUACUAUCUAGGGGUCAUUUGCUUACCUAUUGCACGCUAUCUAGGGGCUAGGGAUUGGUUUGGGACUGGGCAGAAGUCUUUUUAUUUUAACGAAGAGCUUUAAAAAUGCCACAACUGCCUUUUUAGCUUGUAACACUUUCAAGCAGCUCCCCCUCUUAUCUAUCUAAUGAAGCCGUAGCAUCAAACAGAAAAUCACUUGCGUCGCUAAGCUGAUAGCCCCACUACACUGUACAUGUAAUUCGCUAAAGCUUCAUUGGAAUUCAAUUGGCUAAGCUAAUGGCUAAUGCUACAAUGUAAUUAUAUUUAGUGAAGCUAAGCUAAUGGCUAAUGCUACUAUGCAGUUCUAUUUAGUGAAGCUAAGCUGAAGCUAAUGCUACUAUGUAGUUCUAUUUAGUGAAGCUAAGCUGAAGCUAAUGCUACCUUGUAGUUCUAUUUUAGUGAAGCUAAGCUGAAGCUAAUGCUACUAUGUAGUUCUAUUUUAGUGAAUCUAAGCUGAAGCUAAUGCUACUAUGUAGUUCUAUUUUAGUGAAGCUAAGCUGAAGCUAAUGCUACUAUGUAGUUCUAUUUAGUGAAGCUAAGCUGAAGCUAAUGCUACCUUGUAGUUCUAUUUUAGUGAAGCUAAGCUGAAGCUAAUGCUACUAUGUAGUUCUAUUUUAGUGAAGCUAAGCUGAAGCUAAUGCUACCUUGUAGUUCUAUUUUAGUGAAGCUAAGCUGAAGCUAAUGCUACUAUGUAGUUCUAUUUUAGUGAAUCUAAGCUGAAGCUAAUGCUACUAUGUAGUUCUAUUUAGUGAAGCUAAGCUGAAGCUAAUGCUACUAUGUAGUUCUAUUUUAGUGAAUCUAAGCUGAAGCUAAUGCUACUAUGUAGUUCUAUUUUAGUGAAGCUAAGCUAACGCUAAGCUAAGCUACAAUGUAAGUCUAGUAGUGAAGCUAAUGCUAAUAUGUAAUUCAUGUCACUUGGCUCUACGGCUAAACUUAAUUGAAAUCACAAUGCCUUUUUUUUUAUUUUUAAAAAAACACUCCCUAGCGAGAGACUGUUUUCUGUCUCGCCACAGUGUUUUCUCACAAAGUAGCCUCUUCUUGUAGCUUAAGCGUUUCACGCGUCACAUUUUUAGGUAGCCUACCAGUCGGUGUUUUUUUUAUAUUUUCAUUUUUAAAAAAUUUUUGUUCAUCAUGAGGGAACCAUUUUCCCCUAUGUUCAGCAUAACAACUACAAUGUUUUCCCUCCGCUGUAGAAAAAAAAAAAACGGUUUUGGAAACGAUUUGCCAAAAUAUGUGUUUUCCCAACUUUCUUGUGGGGUCAGGUGUCGGUGGACCUGUCGCUUACCUGUCAUUGGUGCUGUACUACGUCGAAAGGGAUGGUUGCUCUGUUACUAUGGGAACAGGUUAUAUGAUAACGCGUACUGUAACUGGCUCUAACUGAUUUCAUUCGAGUUGUAACAGUUUUUAUUAUUUUGACGGGUUUUCGUCUUGGAUCAAUGCUCGUAUGGCUGUUUUUUUGUGUGUUAUUCAUUGAUGAAAAAAAACCCUGUGGAAGUUAUUUCGUUGGCAAUCGGUUCUCAAAUACAGGUCACCAGUUUUUGUUGACUUUCUUGGAAGAAAAUUCUCUUUGUUCUGCUCUGCUUUAAUUGUGGUGCCUUGCCUCCUCUUAACAAGUACGAGGAACAAUAUGACUGUUCUCAAAUCUGUGGUCCCCACUCAAACCCUAACCAGUAUAAGCUAACACAACUAUGAAACUGGCCUGGGAUCAUUUCUUUACGUGAUGAUUUUUUCUUUCCUCCCUUCAUAUUGGUGGUGUCUCUUGGGUCGUUAUUCACUAGGACACUAAAACGGAAUCGAACUCUGCAGGCAACGACCUGAACUUGUCUCAAUAAGAAACGCUUGUUUUUCCCAUUGCAAAACAUUCUGCGUGAUUUGCACUAAUGAAUACAACCCUGCCCCCCCCCCAAAAAAACAUUUUUCCUCCCUUCCCUGUUACAGCUAAACCACUCGUAUUGCCUUAGCUCAGCCUAUGGAGUGAGCCAUCGCUGGUUCUGGUGGGCCGUAGUGUGAUUGCAGGAUUUUGUUCCAGCUCUUAACAUACCCAAUUUAAUCGUGGUCAACAAAUCAAUUCAAGACCAGGAGUAGUGGAUUCAUUUUCAGUUGUGUUUGAGCAGGGUCGGGACAAAUACCUGCACACACACACACAACUCUUUUAAGACGAGAGUUGUGUUUCCCCCGGCCUUAUCUACAGUGUAGAUGAACCUAACGCAGAAAUAGCCACCACUCUGUGGUUGUCUGGGUUGAAGACACUGAUCUGAUGCCCUAAUUCACACGAAAUGGAGGCUUGACCAGUUCAGUACAGCUCUGGUUUGGCCCUUGAUAGUUGUGAAUCAAGUGUUUUUGUUGUUUUUUUGCUUUCCUGAGAACUGAAACGAUAAACAAUACUCUUAACAUGCCAAAUGAAUCAACAUUUCCCCCGUUUUUAACUUUGUGUCUGCAAUUCUGAACUGGGACCCUAGUCCAUAUAACAGGUCAUCUACAGAGUCAAAAGUAUCUAUGUAGGGGAUAGGUUGCCAGUUCAGACAAAGUCUGUGUUUUUCCUGCAUUUGGACCUCUUGAAAGCCAGCUUCUUUUUUUUUUUUUACACCACAUAAAGAAGGCAGAACAACAUAUAAAUAAAAUGCAUUGAGUUUUUUAUUUUAUUUUAAAUGUCUCUGAAUAAAAUGUCUUUAUGCCUUCAGGCUCUCUCGGUUGAGCGCGUCACUCUAAAAAAAAAAAAAAGGCAGGUCUGACAGCAUUGGAGAAAGAAAAGGUCAAGAAAUAAAAGUUGGGAGUUGGC